AGUCGAAGCAGGAACAACCAAAAAUUGAAGAAACUUACUGAGUUAGUCGCCAAGUAGGUUCUGGUGCUCCUCGGAUGUGAAGCCAGCGGAUGUUUUUUUUAGAACGAGUUCAGUCUGGCAUUUAAUUCCAUUCGGCUGCGUAGUAAUUGAACACGGAAUCGCCAAAUCUGUUUCUGAGACAGACCUGUGAACAUUGGCGAGUUCUCCUCUCCCUCAUCCUGUCCUUCCCCUCUGCCACACACCUCCAUGGACCAGGACUAUGAGCGCCGGCUGCUUCGGCAGAUCAACAUUCACAAUGAAAACGCCAGCCCCGUGAAAGUCACAGAGGUGAUGCGAACCUUGACACCCACCAACUCGCCAGUUUCUUCCCCAAGCAAACACGGUGACAGGUUCAUCCCGUCUCGGGCUGGAGCCAACUGGAGUAUCAACUUCCACAGGAUCCAUGAGAAUGAGAAGUCACCCAGCCAGAACAGAAAAACAAAAGACGCAACAUCAGACACCAGCAAAGCAGAUGGGUUGGCGUACUCUGCUCUUCUGAAGAACGAGCUGCUCGGUGCAGGCAUUGAGAAGGUGCAGGACCCCCAGACAGAAGACCGCAGGCUGCAACCUGCCACUCCCGAGAGGAGGAGCCUCUUCAAUUACUCCAUAAGUACGAAGAGGCCCACGCCUGAAGAUGGGAACACUGUCUCCCCUUACUCCCUGUCCCCUGUCAGUAGCAAGAGUCAGAAACUCUUGAGGUCUCCCAGGAAGCCCACGCGUAAAAUCUCUAAGAUCCCCUUCAAGGUGCUAGAUGCUCCCGAGCUACAGGAUGACUUUUACUUGAACUUAGUGGACUGGUCCUCCCUUAAUGUACUAAGCGUCGGUCUAGGCACUUGUGUCUACUUGUGGAGUGCUUGUACCAGCCAGGUGACACGUCUUUGUGACUUGUCUGUGGAAGGGGACUCUGUCACAUCUGUGGGCUGGUCAGAAAGAGGUAAUCUGGUAGCAGUGGGUACUCACAAAGGCUUUGUACAGAUCUGGGAUGCAGCAGCUGGCAAGAAGAUCUUCACCAUGGAGGGACACACAGCCAGAGUUGGUGCACUGGCAUGGAAUGCAGACCAGUUGUCAUCGGGCAGCCGGGACCGUAUGAUCCUGCAGAGGGACAUUCGCACCCCUCCUCUGCAGUCCGAGCGCCGGCUACAGGGCCAUCGACAGGAGGUUUGUGGCCUGAAGUGGAGCACUGACCACCAACUGCUAGCCUCAGGGGGCAAUGACAAUAAGCUGCUAGUGUGGAACCACUCCAGCGUGCUGCCGGUGCAGCAGUACACGGAGCACUUAGCUGCAGUCAAAGCCAUCGCCUGGUCACCCCACCAGCACGGGCUUCUUGCCUCUGGCGGUGGCACGGCAGACCGCUGCAUCCGCUUCUGGAACACACUAACGGGUCAACCCCUGCAGUGCGUUGACACGGGCUCGCAGGUCUGCAACCUGGCCUGGUCCAAACAUGCCAAUGAGCUGGUGAGCACACAUGGCUACUCUCAGAACCAGAUUCUGGUGUGGAAAUAUCCCUCUCUCACACAGGUGGCCAAACUGACUGGGCACUCCUACAGAGUCCUCUACCUGGCCAUGUCUCCAGAUGGUGAAGCAAUUGUCACAGGGGCUGGUGAUGAAACAUUGCGCUUCUGGAACGUAUUUAGCAAAACACGGUCAACUAAGGAAUCUGUGUCUGUUUUGAACCUGUUCACCAGGAUACGGUAGUACUGAAGUAUUUCUGGGAGGAAGGAUCAUGAGAGACCUCAGCAAAAGGAAUACACUGAUUUCAUUGUGCAGUCCUUG